UAAAAGGGCACUAUUAUUAAUGUGGACAUUUAUGUUAGGCGUUCAAGCAACCUGUAUCAGCUAUAUUCUGAUUCCUUUGAUCGGUAUCCUGAAUCUAAAUUUACAUCGCUUAUUCAGUAGAGAAUAGAACACGAAUGAUAGAAAUUUUAUUUCAGGUACUAAACACUUUUGUUCGAAAUAUUGUUGCGCAGACAGAAAUAUCAUAUUUUUUUUCUGGUAUUUUUAUAAAAAAUGUAAGGAAAAACAAAACUGAGAGAGAAUUCUCUUUUGGUUUCUAUAUCGAAAUUUCGAUAAACGUCUCACCCAACUAUAAAAUAAUAUUUAGCCUGGAGGUAAUGCAAUUAAUUUUCUAGAAAGUUGUCAACUGUUGGGUUGUCACAUUGUAGUGUUAAUUAAGUUUUUGAAGAAUUAAUAGAAAGAGAGUACUUGAUACUUAAGAACAUAUAAUAUUAGAAGACGUAUUGUAUUGUUUUCCGUGGUCUGAAAAUGAAUCCAACAUCUGUGAGAAAGAAAGCUAUCUAUUUGUUCGUAUUGCGUAAGCGCCAGUGUCAUCCAUGAUUAUAGUUUAAAGUUUGAAGAAAAUACUUAUGUUUAGCUAAAAUACAGAGAAUUAGAAGAGUUUAUCAUUAUAUGCAUUUUUUUGCACUAUAGUAACGACAAUAUCAAAGCAUGUGCAUUGCAGAUAAAUGGAAUUCUAUAGCAUUCUCUCUCGCACAGAUGUUAGACUUACGUUUCGUGCUUGUAUUCUCCUUUCAUGUAUAUAUGUUCUAAGACUUAAUAGCACUAAUUGCUACUGAAGUUGAACAACAAUAUAAACAUCUAGAAAAUACAUAUUUUCAUUAAUAAAAAUAAACAAUUAAUUUAUUAUUUGUCUUUAAUAUAGAGUCUAUUCUUGUUGAAAAAAAUUGUAUAAUGUAUAGUCAUCAAUGAAAUGUUAUACUAUUCUUUUAUAAAAAAAAAUUUUUUAACAUCUUUGAAUUGAUUAUAAAAGUAUUGGAAAAAAUUUAUUCUCAUACAAUUUACCAAAAAAUUGUUUUCAAUCUUUCAAAAUUUUAACAUUUUUUAAAUAUAGCCCGGUCAGCAUGAUUAACUUAAAUAUCAUCUAAUUAUUAUGAACAGUAAGUUGAAGGGCAGAAUAAAAAACAAAUUUUUUUCUUUAAUAUCUUUUAAAAAUAUCUUAUUUGUUACUUCUGAAAGUAUUACUAUAAAAAAAAAGAAUAAAUCUAAACCUACAGUUUCUAAAUUUCGAUAAUUUUUACCUAAUAUUGUAGAAUCAAGACAUCCUUAAGCAUCUUCCAAUAUCUUUUAAAAUGUGUUCUGCUAGAAGAAUGAUAUUACAUUAUCACUCAUGACAGUUUAAGCAAUGCAUGUUCUUAUUAAAAAAAUAAAUAAAUUUUAUAGAUGUCGGAAACAAAUAACGAGCCAACCUCUUAAUAAAAUAAGUAGUAUACUUUUCUCAGAUAUUUUCAUAUUAUUUAGUCUAUCUCCUGUAUGUCACCGAUUUACAUGCAUUUAUUUUUAGAGUAUGUGUUUUUACAGGUUAUAGCGCUCUUUCACAUAUGCACAAGUUACUGCGCUUUCAAUAUUCUCUUAUGCUUACUAAACCUGCACAUUACCGCUCAGUUUAAGCUUCUCGAACGUAAGCUGGUAACCAUCCUCGAGAAAGUCAAACAGCCCGGUACCCUAAGCUGGCUCGAUGAAAUACAAAGACAUGAAGUAUACGAAAAGAUCAAACAAUACAUCAUAUCAAAUCAAGAAUUGAUCUGGUACUGUGAUAAGAUGAAACAAAAUUUCAUGUACUUGUGCCUUUGUCAGCUGUUAGCCUCUAGAAUUAUGCUUUGCCUCGCGAGAUUUCAGGUGUUUUUAGUAAGUACACUUACGCGUAGUGGUGUCGAAGAACAAGAAAAAAAGGGAGACGCGUCUCGGAAUCCUUUCACAUCUUAUCUGCGUCAUUCGCUGAUCUUCUCUAUCGUAUUUGCAUGUUUGUUGGAAAAAGCCGAAGAUCUGACUUUUCUCAAACGAGUCAACUUCAUUACCCAUAUGAACUCCGAUUUCAUGGAACUGUUCAUGAUCAUGCUGACGGCGAAUGAUUUAAUAAACAAGAGUCGCGCGAUUGGAGACGCGGCGUACAAUGCCAAUUAGCAGGUUUUAUCUCACGAGGAGGACAGGAAAGUCAGAAAAACCAUUCUGUUCAUCAUGAUGCCAUCCAGACGUCUGUUCUAUAUCCGCUAGGCGGUUUCUUCCCGGUAUUUCUCGAAACGUUAGUGGCGGUAAAUUUGGUGUAAAAAUAUGCAAUUACAGGUUGACACUUUCCGCAACACGAGAAUAUUUCUGUUCUUCUUCAGAUGGUGAGUACCGCGGUGUCAUACUUCACUUUGCUUUGUCAUUUGAAGUAAGCGCUCAAACAGAGAAUGUAGAAUUA